AUGCUUUUUGUUGAAAUAACUGAACGAUUGAGAAAGUCAGAAAAUCUAAUUCAAAAACAUGUGAACAACUUUAUCUCUAAAUUCUUUUCAAAGAAAGAAAAUGAAGACAAUACAGGCAGCAAUGAAGAGGAUUUGGACAAAGAGGAAUUAGCUGGGGCAAUUAAAAAUAGUUUAAAAAUAGCUAGUGAAAAAGAAAAAGCUGAUGAUCAAGUCGUACCAAACGAUUCAGGUAUUGAAGAAGAAAAGGCUAAUGAUGAUAAAAAUUUGUUCACUUCUUCUGGAUCUGGUUCUAAAAACCCACUGUAUUAUUAUCAUUGA